UUUCUAGUGAGUACCUAUUUUGCAUAUUUUUUCAGUCUAAAUCUUGUUAAUGUCACUGCUUUUAACGCAAUAUAAGCCAUUGAAUGGAGAUUAAUGCAAAAGAUAAACUACCUUCCGACAUUAAAAAUAAGUAAUACUUCCCAGCUCGUCCUUGGUGAUUCCUAAGUUUUCUUUCCCGGGUUUUAAAUUUCUCGCGGUUAUUGAUAGGGACUUUAUUACGGGUUGUUAAGGUUUUUCCAAUUCUUUUACAUGAUUUAGGAUUUUAUUGACUCUCUACCUUCAGGCACAUAGCUGUAAACGCAUUUUGACCCCAGUGUGUGCUAUGCACGGUCUAGCAAUUACAACAGUCGAAGGGAUUGGAUCCACACAAGAUCGAUUACACCCGGUGCAGGAACGCAUUGCUAAAUCUCAUGGGUCUCAAUGUGGAUUCUGCACUCCCGGUAUCGUCAUGUCCAUGUACACUCUACUUAGAAAUAAGCAAAAGGUAGAAUAUAAAGAUAUAGAAACAUCAACUACAAGGGAAUCUCUGUAGGUGUACUGGUUAUAGACCAAUCAUUGAAGGAUUCAAAACUUUUAAGGAAGGAUGGGUAAGAUCUUAUACAAAUGACAAUACAAACACCUGUGCAAUGGGAAAAGCUUGUUGUCGCAAUAAAAAGGGUGAAUGUAAGGAACAAACACUGUUUAAGACGUCAGCAUUUUAGCCGUAUGAUUCUGUGUUGAGUCCAUAUUCCCGCCAGAAUUAAAGUUGAUUGAUAAUUAUAGUGACUCAUUUACCUUUUAUAAAGGUGAAAAUGUAGUAUGGAUUAGGCCAAAAACCUUAAAUGAUUUACUUGUAAUUAAAAGUAAUUUUCCAGAGAGUAAGAUAGUAACUGGUAAUACUGAAAUAGGAGUGGAAAUGAAAUUUAAGAAAAGGGUUUAUCCGAUUUUACUACAUCCACAAUUGAUUAAAGAAAUGAGCGUUUGUAAAUUUACAAAUGGAGGAAUUGUAAUUGGUGCAAAUAUUAAUUUAAGCGAUUUACAUGACAUAUUGAAAAUUAAAAUUGCAAAGAAUAUAGCAAAGGGAAAGACGUUUGUAGCUAUCACGGAAAUGCUUGAUUGGUUUGCUGGCAGUCAGGUGCGCAACGUAGCUACUCUAGUUGGCAAUAUAGUGACAGCAAGUCCAAUAUCAGAUCUGAAUCCCAUAUUGAUGAGUUGUUCUGCAAUUCUUAAUGUUUACAGUAUACAAAAAGGCCACAGAAAUAUAACAAUUGACGAAGAUUUCUUUGAAGGCUACAGUAAAACAGCAAUAAAAAAUGACGAAGUUGUUAUAUCGGUGGAAAUUCCUGUUACAAAAGAUAGAUAAUUUGUCAAAGCUUACAAACAAGCAAGAAGAAGAGACGAUGAUAUAUCGAUUGUUACCGCAGCUUUCAAUGUAACGCUCGAAGAUAAUACUUUGAUAAAAGACGCAAGGCUGUGUUUCGGUGGUAUGGGACCAACAACUAUUUUUGCAAAGAAUACAUCAUAUUCCCUAAAAAGUAUACACUGGAGUGAACAAACUCUUCAUUUUGUAUUCGAUGCUUUGACUCGAGAAUUGGAACUUGAUGCAUCUGCACCUGGUGGUAUGGUUGAUUAUCGCAAAUCAUUGUGUUUGAGUCUCUUCUACAAGUUUUUCGUUUAUGUAUUACAGACUAUAUACCACAAAGUAAAUUAUCACAAUGGAAUGGAUAAGGAAAUAAGCGCCGUUGAUUACUUACCCACAAUGGAACCUAUGGGUUCCCAGUAUUUUGAAAUACAAAACAAUAAUAGGAAUGCUUCUGAUUCUGUUGGCCAACCUAUACCCCAUGCAUCCGCGCUGAAGCAUGCAACAGGUGAAGCUAUUUAUUGUGACGAUAUACAGCAAGUUAAUGGAGAGUUGUUUCUCACAUUAGUAUUUAGUACCGAAGCACAUGCAAAUAUAACAAAUAUUGAUGCUAGUGAAGCUUUAGCUGUACCUGGAGUAGUAGCAUUUCUAUCAGCUAAAGACUUAGACGAAGAAGGAAAUAAAAUGGGUCCAAUAUUCAAAGAUGAAGAAAUAUUUUCAAGGCACAUAGUUACUAGCCGUAAUUGUGUUAUUGGAGCUGUCGUUGCUACUACUGAAGGCAUAGCUAGGAAAGCCAAAGAUUUAGUAUCGGUGACUUAUGAAAAACUUAAACCUGUAAUUAUUAGUUUAGAAGAUGCGAUUGCUCACAAAUGUUUCUUUGAUGGUUAUCCUAGAACGCUAAAAAAGGGUAAUGUUAAAGAAGUAUUUAGACAUCCCAAAUGUAAUAAAGAGGGCAUUAUGAGAAGUGGAGCACAGGAGCAUUUUUAUUUAGAAACUAUAUCUGCAUUUGCAAUCAGAAAAGAAGAUGAAUUGGAAAUAAUCAGUACAACACAAAACCCAGCCGACAAUGCCCGUAUAGCCUCAAAAGCUCUCCACAUACCGAACCACAAAGUUGUAUCUAAAGUUAAGAGAAUCGGGGGAGGGUUUGGGGGCAAGGAAACCAGAGCCGCUGUUUUGGCAGUGCCUGUUGCGGUGGCAGCUUAUAAACUGAAGAAGCCUAUACGAGCUGUUUUAGAAAGGGAGGAAGAUAUGCAAGUAACAGGUUAUAGACAUCCUUGCCUCAUUAAAUACAAAGUAGCGUUCAACGACGAUGGAAAGAUAGCAGGAGCUACAUUCGACAUUUAUGCUAAUGCUGGAAAUCACAUGGAUAUAUCAUGUUCGAUGAUGGAGCGUGCUAUAAUGCACGUUGAUAACUGUUACUUUAUACCAAAUGUAGAGAUAAACGGAUACGUUUGCAAAACAAACAUGCCUUCGAACACCGCAUUUAGAGGUUUUGGUGCACCUAAAGCAAUGUUAGCGGCAGAGUGUAUGAUCAGAGACAUCGCAUCGACUCUGGGUAAAAAUUAUGAAGAAAUAGCUCAGUUGAAUCUUUACGAUGAGGGAAAAUUGACACAUUUUAAUCAGCAACUUAAGUAUUGUACUUUAUUGAGAUGUUGGUAUGAAUGUAUUGAAACUUCUGACUAUUACAGAAGAAAGGACGAAGUGGAAGAGUUUAACAGGUAUAACAGGUGGAAGAAGAAAGGAAUUGCCAUGGUACCGACAAAAUACGGUGUCUCCUUUCAAAAUGAUCUUCUUAAGCAAGGAGGUGCACUGCUGUUACUUUACAACGAUGGAUCAGUUCUUUUAUUCAUUGGAGGUAUAGAGAUGGGUCAAGGUCUGUUUACUAAAAUGAUACAAGUAGCGUCAAAGGCUUUAAACAUCGAUGUUUCCCUAAUUUAUAUUAGUGAAAUGGCUACAGAUAAAGUACCAAAUAGCUCGCCUACCGCCGGCAGUAUAAGCUCCGAUUUGUAUGGUAUGGCUGUUAUCAACGCUUGUAAUACCGUGAAAGAAAGAUUACAACCUUACAAAGCAAAAAAUCCAAAUGGCAAAUGGGAACAUUGGGUUUUAGCAGCAUCAAGACAUAAAAUUGAACACAAUCGUGGAACAAAUUCUGGGAAUUUGUAUGAAUAUUUCACAUAUGGGUGUGCGUGCUCUGAAGUUAUUGUAGAUUGUCUAACAGGAGAUCAUCAAGUGUUAAGAACGGAUAUCGUGAUGGAUGUAGGUGAAAGUUUAAACCCAGCUAUUGAUAUUGGUCAAAUAGAAGGGGCAUUCACUCAAGGUUAUGGAUUUUAUACGUUAGAAGAAAUAGUAUUUUCGCCAAGUGGCGAACUUUUGUCUCGUGGACCAGGGACUUACAAAAUUCCUGGAUUUUCUGACGUACCAAAGAUUUUUAACGUUUCGUUAUUGAAAGGAGCUCCUAAUCCUAGAGCUGUAUCUUCUUCCAAGGCUGUCGGGGAGCCACCAUUGUUCCUAGCUGCGUCAAUAUUUUUCGCAAUUAAAGAAGCAAUAAAGUCAGCUCGCAAUGACGCAGGUGUGAUGCCUGACUUUACGUUGGAAGUACCUGCAACAUGUGCUCGUAUUAGAAUGGCCUGUGAAGAUGACAUUACUAGACAGGUGAAGCCAACAAUCAAACAAAGCGGAAAACCUUGGAAUGUAAUGGCUGUAGGCGAGUCAUCUUUAUUCAUGGUGAACAUUUUUUUACCUUCUUCCGCCAUCAAGGAGGCUAGGCGCUCGCAAAGAUUUGGGAUUGUGACUGGAGUUCCACCUGGAGACUUCAGCUACCCCCGCAUUAUGCACAAGAGUGUCGUGGGAAGAUCAUAUCACUAAGAAGGUAAUUAAACAAUUAUAAUAAUCGUAGAAACUUUCAAUUGUCGUUAGUAUUCACGAACUGUAACAAAAGUUAUGACUUAGAAAAAUGAAAUUUGUACUUACAUUCUUUAUUUUAAU